CCCCCCCCCGCCCCCCCGCGCCCCCCCAAAAAAGAAGAAAAAGAAAGAGAAGGUCUCUCCUCUCUCUCCUGCUUUGCUCAAUAUGGCGGAGACAAGGAGCCACAGCUUUGCCUACCCGGGCAGCGCCAAGAAGAGGCAGGGCUCUGACGACAUUGACGGCGACGACAUGAUCGUCUCGAAGAAAUCUCUGCUGUCGGUGCCCGGGGCCGCUUGGGAUGACCCCGCCGCCGCAUUGGCCUCGGCAAGGCACGAGUUCGGGGAGCAUGGUGGGGUGAACAUGUCGAUUGAGGCGUCCGCAACCUUCACGGUGAUGGAGCCGGAGACCAUGCGCCGGAUGUUCGCCGGGGAGCUUGGCCCCGACCGUGACUUCUUCAUCUACAGCCGCCACUUCAACCCCACCGUUCUCAGCCUCGGCCGCCAGAUGGCCGCCCUAGAGGGCACCGAGGCCGCCUACUGCACCGCCAGCGGUAUGUCUGCGAUAUCAUCGGUGCUGAUGCAGAUAUGCAGCAGCGGGGGACACGUGGUGGCAUCACGGACCCUGUACGGCGGGACCCACGCCCUGCUGACGCACUUCCUGCCCAGGGCAUGCAACAUAACGACGUCGUUUGUGGACAUAAGAGACCACGCCGCUGUCAGGGACGCCAUCGUCGCGGGGAAGACCAAGGUGCUCUACUUCGAGUCCAUGUCCAACCCGACGUUGACGGUCGCCGACGUGCCGGAGCUCUCGAGGAUAGCCCACGAUAAGGGCGCGAUGGUCGUAGUUGACAAUACCUUCGCCCCCAUGGUCCUGUCCCCAGCUCGGCUCGGGGCCGACGUGGUCGUCCACAGCAUCUCCAAGUUCAUCAGUGGCGGGGCCGACAUCAUAGCAGGUGCAAUCUGCGGGCCGGCAAAGCUGGUGAACUCGAUGAUGGACCUUCACCAGGGGGCUUUGAUGCUCCUUGGUCCGACCAUGAAUCCAAAGGUAGCUUUUGAGCUCUCGGAGCGCAUCCCCCACCUUGGCCUGAGGAUGAAGGAGCACUGUGCCAGGGCCCUGGCAUUCGCUACGCGGCUCAAGAAGAUGGGGAUCAGGGUCAUCUAUCCGGGCCUCGAGGACCACCCCCAGCACGACCUCCUCAAGUCCAUGGCAAACAAGGACUAUGGGUUUGGUGGGAUCAUGUGCGUAGACAUGGAGACAGAAGAUAGGGCCAACCGGCUGAUGCACCUGUUGCAGAACUACGCUCAAUUUGGGUUCAUGGCAGUGAGCUUGGGAUACUAUGAGACACUGAUGUCGUGCUCGGGGAGCAGCACGAGCAGCGAGAUGAAUGAGGAGGAGCAAGCCCUGGCGGGCAUUUCUCCCGGGCUGGUGAGGAUGUCGGUCGGGUACAUUGGGACCCUGGAACAGAAGUGGGGCCAGCUUGAGAAGGCCCUCUCCAGGUUGCAGGAGCCUGGGCUAUUUGGCAAGAACUAGAAGUGUCAUGGGUGUUAAACCUAAGCUUGUUUGGUGGGAGCGGUGACGCGCAUCCUGUAACAGCGUAUUCGUGUAAAGAUGGUCAUCUUCAGUACAAGUUAUGUUGGUUAAUGGAAAAUCUACAACUUUUGGUUCUAAAA